AUGACGAUUGCGAAUGGUGGUGGCGGCGGCGGCGGCGGGAUGCGACCCCUGAAAGUAACGACCGUCGGGGACGGUAUGGUCGGGAAGACCUGCAUGCUCAUCACCUACACGCAGAACGAAUUCCCCAGCGAGUACGUCCCGACCGUGUUCGACAACCAUGCGUGUAAUAUCGUCGUGGACGGUGCCGACUAUGCGCUUACCCUGUGGGAUACGGCCGGCCAGGAAGAUUACGAGCGAUUGCGGCCACUCAGCUAUCCGAAUACCGAUUGUUUUCUCAUCUGCUACUCAAUAUCGAACCGCACAUCUUUCGAUAACGUGCUGUCCAAAUGGUACCCAGAGAUAAGACAUUUUGCACCCUCCGUUCCAAUCGUGCUUGUCGGCACCAAGAGUGAUCUGAGGGUGGCCGGGUCGGAAAAGUUCGUCACCACGGCCGAGGGCAAGAAGCUAAAGCACAAAAUCAAAGCCUACGCGUUAGUGGAGUGUUCCGCGAAACGGAAGCUCAACCUGGCGGAGGUGUUCGACGAGGCGGUCAGGGCUGUGGAGAAGAAACCACACGCGGGCCCUCGGAUCUGUACGCUACUAUAG